GUAGGGAAGAUAUUCUUGAGAACAAACAAAAUGUGUCCACCCGGCUGUACAUCUUGUGAUCACGGCCGUCUGGUCUCCCCAGCGUGUCUCUGGUGGUGCAAGUCACCGAUGCUGGAGCCAAGAUGAAAAAGAGCAGAAUGACGUGUGGGGAAGAAUCCAGACCCAGGAUUUUGAUGCCAACUACUUUUCUCUCUUAAGGGGAUGGAGGGGGAAAAACAGGUGAGUGUGGCAGCUUUUGAUCUGCACAGCCCUGCUCUCGUGAGUCCAGACUUUGACAGUCGCCUUGAAGCUCUCUGCCUGGCAGUUGCCUCUUUCUCGCUCCCCCUUCCGUGUGUUUGCAGGAGGAGGAGAAAGGAGAACUGGGGGGGAAAAGAGAGGAGAGAAAGCCAAACCAUGGGGAGGAGGAGGUAGGAGGGUGCCUGCUCUUCGUUCUGUCUUCUUUUUGCCUUCUGCCCUCCCGCCUGUACCAAAACCUCAGCAGCCACCUUGGAAGCAAGAGCUUAAGAUGGGAGGCAGCCCCUGAAACGCAGGACCUGAAGGUGCCAGCUCUCCUAGGCAAACCUGCCUCCCUCUCCCUCUGGAAAGUCUGGAGGCGGCGGGAGGGGUGUUGGCAUGUUCUCUUCUUCUGUGCCGUGGAAGAGCCAGCUCCCAAAAAAAGCCCUGGGUGCCGGGUCUGGGAAGAAGAUGUCCUCAGCCGAAGACAGGACCCACCGGCUCCUUCUCUCUUCCUCCUCCUGCUGCUGCUGCUGUUGCAACCUUACAGCAAAAGAAGGUGACCUGAGACGAGACGUCCUCUCCGCACAGCGGCCACGUUGAAGCAUGUUGACCAGGAUCAGCUCGAGCCCCUUUCCAGAGCGUCAGCUUCUAAUUGCGGAGAAUGAUGAACAAGAAUACCCUAGAUGGAAAUCAAGCCCGGCGCCAUUCAUGACGGAAGGCGCUUCUCCGCCCACUGAACCCGACCGGCCUCCCACCACCAAGGCCGGCAACUUGACGGACUGUGGGGAAGACCUUCUGCUCUAUGGGGACACUGAGAAAAUAGUCAUCGGGACCGUCCUCUCCGUCAUCACCCUCUUGACCAUCGCCGGCAACAGUCUGGUCAUCAUCUCCGUGUGCAUCGUCAAAAAGCUCCGGCAGCCGUCCAACUAUCUCGUGGUCUCCUUGGCAGCGGCCGACCUCUCCGUGGCCGUGGCCGUCAUGCCCUUCGUCAUCAUCACAGACUUGGUAGGAGGGGAAUGGCUCUUCGAGGAGCCCUUCUGCAAUGUCUUCAUUGCCAUGGACGUCAUGUGUUGCACGGCCUCCAUUAUGACCCUCUGUGUCAUUAGCGUGGACAGGUACCUGGGAAUAACACGACCUUUAACCUACCCCGUGAGACAAGACGGGAAGCUGAUGGCCAAGAUGGUGUUCAUUGUCUGGCUCCUCUCAGCCUCCAUCACUCUCCCUCCUUUAUUCGGCUGGGCUAAGAACGUCACGGAGGACAGGGUGUGCCUCAUCAGCCAGGACUUUGGUUACACCGUCUAUUCCACGGGCGUCGCCUUCUACAUCCCCAUGACGGUCAUGCUGGUGAUGUACAGCCGGAUCUAUAAGGCAGCCAAAGCGAGCGCCGAGAAACAUCGGUUCAUGGACUUCCCCAGAUCCUACGAGCCAGGCGGCGCCUACUGCAUCGAAGGGGGCGGCCUUCGACACCAGCGUAGCACCCGGCGGAUCAAGGCGGCCGAAGAGUGCGCCACCUUUUCCAGGCUCCUCCACCAAGAUCGCAAGAACAUCUCCAUCUUCAAGAGGGAGCAAAAAGCAGCCAGGACCCUUGGCGUCAUUGUGGGCGCCUUCACUUUCUGCUGGCUUCCGUUCUUCUUGAUGUCCACGGCCAGGCCUUUCCUCUGUGGCAGCCAAUGCAGCUGCGUUCCCCUGAGGCUGGAGAGGACCCUUCUGUGGCUGGGCUACACCAAUUCCCUCAUCAACCCAUUGAUCUACGCCUUCUUCAACCGGGACCUGAGGACUACCUUCUGGAGCCUGCUGCGCUGCAGCUAUCGCAACAUCAACCGGAGGCUCUCGGCCGCCAGCAUGCAUGAGGCCCUGAAAGCCACGGAGAAGCACGAGGGCAUACUUUAAAGUGUGCUGAGUAUAUAACACCCCAUUGCACUUAAAGUGCUCUCCAAGUGGUCCACAACUGAAUUAUGUAGGCGUACACAUUGCCCCCAUGCUUAGCGAGCUGGGUACUCGAUUUACCAGCCUCAGAAAGAUGGAAAGCUUAGUCCGCUUUGAGCCAGCUACUGGAUUCCAUCAGGAUCCAACUCAGGCUGUGAGCAGAGUCUUCCCUGCACUACUGCGGUUCAACCACUGCACCACAAGGGCCCUUUGGCUGUUGCCGUUCUUGGCAUGGAAACGGCUACAUACUCAUCAAGGAAGCGAGACUCUGCUG